CUGGUUAAAGUAACACAUUAAUAAAGCAUCAUCUUAUCCAGAAGAACCACAUGUCUCUACCUCUGUCCCAUCUCAUCUCAUUCCAACGCAUUAACCAAAGAGACCGACUGUACACUAAUUGUUUCGAUUUCAACUAAAAACCAAAAUGGUCAACAAGACACCAUACAUUGUUGUCUUUAUUUAUUAUUACCAUCAUUUAUGUUUUCUUUGACAAAAAGAUUAAACUUGGACAUUCCGUCACACACCAUUUCUUUUAACCGUAAAAACAAAUAAUAAUAAUAUUAUAAUUCGUUUUUGUACAUUAGAAUCAAGAGCUUCAUCAGAAGCAACACUAGUUUCAUUCGUGUACAAAAUUUGAGAGAAAGAGAGAGAUGGAGGGAGGUGUCAAAAGAGAUCGAUGGGGGUACGAAGUGAGGACCCCUUCAGAUGCUUGCAUCUCGGCCAUCAACCAUUACUACCAUCAGGUGUUAAUUUAUGGGAGAGAGAGGUCUGUGAUUUUGAAAGCGACCUUACAUGACCAAGACUGCGUUUUGGCCAACAUUUUGGCUGCUCAUUACCUUUCCUCCUCGGACCCUUCUCAAGCUCACUUCUAUCUUCAUGCGGCGGUAUCUCGACUCGAACUAGCUACAUCCUACGAGAAAGCAGUUUUCGAUGCUGUCCAUAGUUUGAUUUCUGAUAACAGAGACGAUGAGUUUGCUCUUGAGAUGCAUUUCAAGCUCUUGAAAGAUUUUCCAAAAGAUUUGUCCUCUUUGAAAAGAGCCCAAGUGAUCUGCUUCUACAUGGGACGAGCCGAUACGUCCUUAACUCUAGUUCAGCAGGUGCUUCCUCAUAAUCAACUAGAAAAUUACAUAUACGGUAUGCUUGCUUUUCCUUUGUUGGAGCUAGGCCAAAUGGAAGAGGCUGAAAAAGCUGCAAGAAAGGCAUUAGAGAUUAACAAGGAUGAUUGCUGGGCCCAACAUAAUUUCUGCCAUGUUCUUCAGUAUGAAUGCCGUUUUAAAGAAGCUGUACAAUUCAUGGAAGAUUGCUCAUCUUCGUGGGGUUCUUUGUCAUCAUUUAUGAUCACACACAACUGGUGGCAUGUUGCACUUUGUUACAUGGAAGGUCAUUCGCCUAUCCAAAAAAUUGUGAAGGUCUAUGAUCAACAUAUUUGGAAGGAGUUAGAAAGAGCUGAUGCGUCACCUGUAGAGGUUUACUUGAACGCAGUGGGUUUUUUAUUGCGAGUGUAUGUUCGUGGUGAAAUUGAUGGCUUUAAGGACCAUUUAAAGAUUUUAGCAAGUUGCCUUACAGAUCAGCGAAACUGGUUUAUGGAGUGGCACUUUGAUGUGUUGAUACUAUGGGCACUGCCUUAUUCUAACGAGCAUUCUAAAGCUGAAGAUUUACUCAAAGGCUUAAGAUCCAGAUUUUUCAAGAUGAAUAGCAAGAAACAACAAUUGAUGCAGAGAGGAAUGUCGUUAGCAGAGGCCAUGUAUGAGUACGGUAGAGGCAAUUACAAGCAAGCACUGGAAUUUCUAGAGCCUGAUUUCGACGCUGUUGACUAUAAGAUUAUUGGGGCAUCUGAUGAGCAAGUUGAUGUGUUCAAUGAAGUCUGGUACUCCAUGUUGCUGAAUACUGGACAAGCUUUGAAAGUGAUUGAAGUACUUGGAGAAAGAAUUAAAAAGAGAGAAGGAGUCCCUUUCUUGUGGAGGCUUCUGGAAAGAGCUUACACCAUAGUUGGUAGCAAAGAAGCCCCAAUUGUAGGUGAGAAGGCCAAAGUUUUGGAGACUGCAUAUUUCAAAUAGUUGUGAUUGUGAAAUCUCUCGUUCGCUUUCCUUUCUCGGGAUAAUCAUUGAAUAAUCAGUGUGUACAUAUAACAAAUGAAUGGACAUUAAUUUCAUUUUUCACUUGUUCAAACUUAAGGAUAAUUCCCAUUUGAUACAAACAUGCACAUCAUAAUCAUUACUAUUUUA